GAGUCCAGCGGGCGCCCGGGGCCUAGGCGAGACCGGCCAGGCCCGGCAGGCAGUCCCACGCUCCGAGGAGAAGGAGGGGAAGCGAGGCGAGGAGGGCAGCGCUGGUUCCUCCGCUCCAAGGGUGCCCUAGGAGCCUCCUCCUUCCCCCGAAAUGGCGGCGUCCAGCGCCCCGGAGGCGGCGGACCCUGAGCUGGAGGAGCUCCUCGAGAGUGCCCUCGACGACUUUGACAAGGCCAAGCCGGCUGCCGUGCCUCCAGCCUCGGAUGCCACCGUCGGAGACAGCAGCAGCAACUCAGAGAAAUCGCCUGGAGAUGCAGCUAAAGAUGCCCUCUUCGCCUCCCAGGAGAAGUUCUUCCAGGAUCUCUUUGACAGCGAACUGGCCUCCCAGGCCACUGCCGAGUUCGAGAAGGCCAUGAAGGAGCUAGCUGAAGAGGAGCCCCACUUGGUUGAACAGUUCCAGAAGCUCUCAGAGGCGGCAGGCCGAGUUGGAAGCGACUCUUCAUCCCAGCAGGAGUUUACUUCCUGUCUGAAGGAGACGCUCAGCGGCUUGGCAAAGAACGCCAAUGACUUGCAGAAUGCGAGCGUGAGCGAGGAGGAGCUGGCAAAGACCAUGGAGGGUCUGGGCCUGGAAGAUGGGGAGGGGGACGGGAACCUGCUGCCCCUCAUGCAGAGCAUCAUGCAAAACCUGCUCUCCAAGGACGUCCUCUACCCCUCCCUCAAGGAGAUCACAGAGAAGUAUCCAGAGUGGCUUCAGACCCACCGAGAGUCCUUGUCCCCGGAGCAGUUUGAGAAGUACCAGCAGCAGCACAGCAUCAUGGGUAAAAUCUGUGAGCAGUUUGAGGCAGAGCAACCAACGGAUGGCGAGGCGGACCACAAAGCCCGCUUUGAGAGGGUCCUGGAUCUGAUGCAGCAGCUCCAAGACCUGGGACACCCUCCCAAGGAACUGGCUGGAGAAUCGCCGCCCGGCCUGAAUUUUGACCUCGAAGGGCUGAACCUGCCAGAUGCUGCCAGCGCCGGAGGAGACCAGUGUCAGAUUAUGUGACCCCUGCGAGCAAGGACUAUGGCCCCGGGGGCCAGAUGGGGAUGUUCCUGGGUGGGGUGGCGGUCUUUCCUUGAAAUCACCAUGUGCCUAAAGGAGGCUGGGCUGAUGCUGUUCAUAAGAUGGAUAUGAAAUUUGUAUAAAAGCCCAGUUGAGGGUGGCAGAGACUGAAGCUGAGCGGUCAGGAUCCCCCUCGGCUGCAGCGAGGGCUCAUCUGCUGUCCUUGCGUCCCUCUCUCUUCUGCCUCCUGGCAACUCCUGAGGAAUCAGGCAGGUGAAGCUGGAGGCCUGCCCUUCCUUCCUUCCCUCCUUUCCUCUUCCCUCCUUUCCUGGGGGGCCCAGAUGGCUCUGGAUGGAGCCAGCCAGAUCUUGGGGGAGAACUGCUCUGUUGUUGGCAAAGCAGGAGGAGAAGAUGCCCUGCAAAGGGCCAAAGUUCUCCCUGCACCCAGGAGACGUUUCAGUGAGGCCCACAGACCAGCCUUGCCUCGCUUUCCCUAGCCUUCCAAGGGGUUUCUCCUUUCCUCUGUCAGCAGGGGAUAGGCACAGUAGUGGCAGCGGCCCCCUUGUCCACCCACCCAAACUGCUGCCAACCUCAGUGCAGAGUGAGCCGCCAGGGAGGGCUCCCUUCCCUGACAUUGUUGCUGCUGCUGCUGCUUUUAACUGCCCUCUGCUCCCCACCUUAAUGCUGCCCCUUUCUUUUCACUGCCUGCCCCAGAGGCCACUUCGGUGGGAGGGAGAAGGCAGCUGGGGGGGAGGCUGGGCCAGAUGCUCCAGGCCCCUCUCUCCUUCCUUGCCUGAGGCUGGCAUGGCUUCUUGUGGGUCGGUCAAGGGCAGUUGUCAGAAUAAAAAUAUAGAUGCUGGUACUUGGA